AUGGAAGAAAACAUAGCACGAACACCUGUAAAUAAUAAUAAUUCAUUUUUAGAAAAUUUAAUCCCAAUUUCUCCUUCAACAAAUCAUGAAAAAGUAUUAAACUCUCUAGAAAAUGAAUUUAAAAAGUCUGAUAAAAUAUUUACAAGAGACGAAAUGCGAGUAUUUGGUUCAGAAGAAAAUUUCAAAAGAAAUUCAGAACAAUUUGCUAAAAAGAAACAUAAUUUAAAUAAUUUAAUGAAAAAUUUAAAUAGUCUGAUGGGAAAGCUUGAAGACCUAAGUCAAUCAAUGAAAAUAUCUGAAACAAAUCCAUAA